AUGAGUUCCAACAAGGAUUUCCGCCCCCAUGCGUCAUCGCCACCCUUCCACGCGAACAAGUCGACCUCGCCUUCGUUUCCCAACGGCGAGCCCCUGCCAAUGCCCGUGUCGCACCCUCACGAUGGCCUUCUCCCUCCUCCCGCAAUGGCGCAUGUCAUCCGCUCCAUGAACGACCUGAACGGCCCCAUCGCCCUUCGCGAUCGAUCCCUGAUCGCCUCCUCCGACACCCCUCCGGCCAUGCGCAGCGUCGUCUCGACCGCCCCGAGCUCUCCCAGAAUCCCACCAGUCAGACAGAACUCGGGAGGCACCACCCCGCGCCUUCGCCCGCACCCCGCCACACUCAACGUUCCUGGUAUGACCGUGUCCAGAGCUUCGCCUGACGGAAAGAUAAGCGACCGCGAUGUGGCUGCGAAGCUCGUCAUCAUCAUGGUCGGCCUCCCCGCCCGAGGAAAGUCGUACAUCACCAAAAAGGUCCAACGAUACCUCUCUUGGCAACAGUACAACUCGCGCAUCUUCAACGUGGGCAACCGGAGACGUGUCGUGGCGGGCCUGACCUCCCCCAUAAAGUCGGCGCACUCGCCUGCCACAUUCAGACUCGACCCCCCUGCUCAGGCUGCCUCGAUCUUGCUUAAUGGGCAUAUGUCGCAGGCUAACAAGGAGCCUGCCGAGCUGAACCUGAACGACUCGAGCGACGCUAUGGACCAGUCCGCUAAAUUCUUCGAGCCGACAAAUGAGUCCGCAGCCAAGCUUCGCGAGCAGGUGGCCUUGGACACUCUGGAUGAGCUUCUGGACUACCUUUUGCAUCAAGGGGGCUCUGUCGGGAUUCUUGAUGCGACCAACAGCACAAUCGAGCGUCGUCAGCUUCUGGUCGACCGAAUCAAGGCGAGAGAGCCCAAGCUGGGGAUACUCUUCAUCGAGAGUAUCUGCCACGAUCAAAACCUCCUCGAAGCCAACAUGCGUCUGAAGCUUUCGGGCCCUGACUAUAAGGACAAGGAUCCUCAUCAGUCCCUCGCGGAUUUCAAAAGACGUGUUGCCGCAUAUGAGAGCGCCUAUGUUCCCAUUGGCGCCUAUGAGGAGGCGAAUGACAUGCAGUACAUUCAGAUGAUCGACGUUGGCCGAAAGCUAAUCCAGCACAGACUGCGGGGCUUCCUCAGUGGAGGCAUUAGCUCCUACUUGACGACAUUCAACCUUGCGCCGCGGCAGAUAUGGCUUACCCGUCAUGGCCAGAGUGUUGACAAUCGGCUCGGCAAGCUUGGUGGCGACUCGGAGCUGACGCCCGACGGAGAGCGAUACGGGAGUGCUCUCCACGCCUUCGUCACUCAAAAACGCAAGGAGUGGCUCAUUGAGCAGAAGGACAAGAUAGCUCAGUCUUCCUUCCCGCCCAAGGCCGGCGAUCACACGCCGCCCUAUCCCGAGCUGAACCGCGAACUGGAGGAGAAGAACUUUUGCGUUUGGACGUCAAUGCUGAAGCGCAGCGUCCAAACUGCCACGGAGUUUGAGAAUGACGAUGAUUACGAUGUGAAGAACUGGGCGAUGCUCAACGAGCUCAACGCGGGCCUCUUCGAAGGCUUGACGUAUGAGGAGAUCGCCAGGAGGUUCCCCGGCGAGUAUAGAAAACGCGCCGAGGACAAGCUCCAUUACACUUACCCAGGCGUUGGUGGAGAGGGAUACCUCCAGGUUAUCGCCCGUCUGCGCGACAUGGUGCGUGAGAUUGAGCGCAUUGAGGACCAUGUCCUCAUCAUUGCACAUCGCUCAGUCUGCCGCGUUCUUAUGGCGUAUUUUAUGGAUCUCACCCGCAAUGAGAUUGCCGACUUGGAUGUUCCUUUGGGCAUGCUCUACUCCAUUGAGCCUAAGCCCUACGGCUACGAUUUUCACGCUUACCGCUACCACGCAGACAAGGGAAAUUUCUUUGAGAUCCCCAAUUACCGCCUGCAACGCACAGUCGAUCGUGCGGCUUAA